GUAAAGUGGACACACAGACUGUAAAAUCAGUUUCUGUGUUUUGUUUUCUUCCUCCCUACAUUCUUCCAAAACUGAUAACAGAUCAGAAGAAAAAAAACAUCUUUCCUUCUUAUUUCUCGGGUGAAGGUUUUGGUUUUUCUCGAGAGAGAAAAAAACAAUGUUUAAGUCAUGGAGGAACGACAAGAACAAGAUCAAAGCUGUGUUCAAGCUUCAGUUUCAGGCAACUCAGGUACCAAAGCUGAAGAAAGCAGCUUUGAUGAUCUCAUUGGUACCUGAUGAUGUUGGGAAGCCAACCUUUAAGCUGGAGAAAGCUGAGGUUAAGGAAGGGAUCUGUUCAUGGGAGAAUCCAAUCUACGUCUCAGUGAAAAUGAUUAAAGAGCCCAAAUCUGGGAUUGUUCGUGAAAAGAUUUACCAUUUCGUUGUUGCAACAGGUUCUUCAAAAUCUGGAUUUUUGGGAGAAGCGUCGAUUGAUUUUGCAGAUUUUCUUACGGAAGCAGAGCCGUUGACUGUCUCUUUACCUCUUAAGUUUGCCAACUCUGGUGCUGUUUUAAAUAUAACAAUUGAGAGGAUCCAAGGAGCAAAUGAUUCAAGACUUACUGAGGAAAAUAAAGACUUGCAAUCACACUCCAAUGAGGAUAGCUUCAGAAGUCUACCUAGCAAUGAUGACCUUGAGGGGUAUAACCAAGAAGAUGAAAGGAGCGUGAAUGCAAACACGGCUAAGAACGUUGGUGGUAUAGGAGGAGGUUCCUUUGAUUCCAUUGGUGAAUCAGGGUGGAUGGAUGGGGGGAAUGCACGCCUGCCUCAACGUCACAACUCAGUUCCCGCAACCCAAAACGGUCACAGGAGGUCAAACACGGACUGGUCAGCUAGUUCAACCUCAGACGAAAGCUACGUCGAGUCAAGAAACAGUCCCGAGAACACCUUCCAAAGAGGAAUAUUCUCCACGGAUUCAAGCGACCCCGUCGAGAAGCUAAAGAUGGAGUUGGAAGCUCUGAGGAGGCAGUCAGAGCUAUCAGAGCUGGAGAAGCAGUCUUUAAGGAAACAGGCGGCGAAGGAGAGCAAACGGAUACAAGAACUGUCCAAGGAAGUUAGCUUUCUCAAGGGAGAAAGAGACGGAGCUCUGGAGGAAUGCGAGAAGCUCAGGGCGGAGAAGAGCAGAGACGAAGCUGACGCUGAGAGCAGGUUGAGAUGCGUCAGCGAGGAUUCGAGCAAUAUGAUUGAGGAGAUUAGAGAUGAGCUGAGCUGCGAGAAGGAUUUGAACGGUAACCUUAAGCUGCAGCUGCAGAGGACGCAAGAGUCCAACUCCAAUCUGAUUCUUGCUGUGAGAGAUCUCAACGAGUUGCUGGAGGAGAAAAAGAACGAGAUAGCUUCUCUGAGUAGGUCACUAGAAGAGGCUAAGAAGGUUGAAGAAGAUAGGGAUAGUGAAGAGAUGGAUAAGCUGAAGCAACAGAUUGAAGAGUUGGAAUGGGAGGUUGACUCUUACAGGAGAAAGAACGAAGAGCAGGAGGUUCUGCUGGAUGAGCUUACUCGAGAGUACGAGUCUUUAAAGGAGGAGAAUCACAAACAUGUAGAAGGAGGAGACGAAGAAUUGGAGUCUCAGAUAGAGAUCUUGGAAGGCAGACUGAAGCAGCAAUCGCUGGAGUACUCUGAACUGGAGAGCGAGGUGAAGGAGUUAAAGAAAGAGCUGGAGGAACAAGCACGUGCCUUCGAGGAAGAUAUGGAGACGAUGAUGAGGGAGAAGACGGAGCAAGAGCAGAGAGCCAUCAGAGCAGAGGAGAAUCUGAGGAAAACGAGGUGGAAGAACGCUAUAGCAGCAGAGCGGCUUCAGGAGAAGUGCAAGAGGCUUUCUCUAGAGAUGGAGUCGAAGCUGAGCGAGCAUGAUAACCUGACAGCCGAAGCGGAGAACCUCCGUCUGCAGAAGAGGAAUCUAGAGGAGAUGCAAGAGAAAGCGCACAGAGAGAUGGAAGAGAAGAAGGAAGCUCUGUCGAUGAAAGUGGAGAUGCUGGAAGGAGAGGUCCUGAAGCUCACUAAGAUGAGAGACGAGGCCGAUGCAGCGGCUGGUGAAAGGGAGAAGAUGGUGCGAGAGUUGAGGAAAGAGAGAGAUGAGUUUGCUUUGGCUAAAGAGGAAGCGGAGAGAGCGAAGAGAGAGUUGAGUCUUAGUAAGAGUUCGAACGAUGAGAAGGAGACCAGGCUUGGGAAUCUGAAGAGAGAAGUGGAAGGUCUAAGCGUGCAGUACAGUGAGUUACAGAACAGCUUUGUUCAAGAGAAAAUGGAGAACGAGGAGCUGAGGAAACAAGUGUCAAACUUGAAAGUAGAUAUCAGGAGGAAAGAAGAGGAGAUGACUAAGAUCCUAGAUGCAAGGAUGGAAGCAAGGGCACAGGAGAAUGGGAAGAAAGAGGAGAAUCUAGCGAAGCUAUCAGACGAAUUGGCGUAUUGUAAGAACAAAAACAGUUCAAUGGAGAGAGAGUUGAAAGAGAUGGAAGAGAGGUAUUCAGAGAUAAGCUUGAGAUUUGCAGAGGUUGAAGGAGAAAGACAAGAGCUUGUGAUGGCUGUCAGAAACCUCAAGAAACGGUAAGAAGUUGUUUUAGUUGUUUUGUAUUGCUAAUACAAAAUUGUUUGUUUGUAACAUCAUAUACAUUGACGAAGAAUAACUUUAUAUAUGAGGUUGUGUUGUUAAUAGAAUUCGUUUCUCUCAUAAAAACAUUACUUUCUACUUUGUCAAGAAAUCACUGUUUUUUUUAUAUC